GUCGCAGACGUCAGUGAAAGCAGCACUAUUUGACAGGAUGUUGGUGUUGGUUAGCUGAAGCAGCUGAGCGAGCUAAACGAGCUACAAACGCUUUGCUUGAACUCCAGCAAAAGCAGUAUCGGUCGUAUGAUUUGGGGUCACAUUUUGUGCUGAUGUCGGACAGACCUGAUGAAGAGGAGGGUCCAUGUCAGCCUGCACAUGUCCUCCCUGACAGCUCCCCUCAGACUGAGCCCACAGGGAACACACCUCAAGAUCAGGUGUUGCCUGUGGUGGAUCAGGCUUCUUCUUCUUCUUCAUCCUUUGAGAUCGUUGACAUGGACUCUGUUCAGGUUCCUUACCAACCUGUACAGCCUCACUGGUUUUUCUGUCAUCGGGCUACUGACAACACCUGGCUUCCUUUCAGCAGAGAAGACUCUGACAAACUCGAGAAAGCAUAUUCCACUGCAGCAGACAGGGAGGAGGUGGUGGUAGCUGUGGAUGGAGAGCGUUAUGAUGUACAUGUCAAAGAGAGGAUGCGCUAUGCCAUCUACUGGGACCAAGCUCCAACUGAGGUCCGUCGCUGUACUUGGUUCUAUAAAGGCGAUAAAGACACCAGAUUCAUGCCCUACACAGAGGACAUCAGUGAAAGUCUGGAGGAAGCCUAUAUGAUAGCGGUAACACUUAAUGAGUGGAAGAGGAAACUUGAGUUCCCUUCAGGGGAGACUGUUAUUUUGCACAAUCCAAAGCUGAUAAUGCAGUAUCAACCUAUGAGUUUGCAGGAUGAGUGGCUCUCUUCCCCUUCAGAGCAGACACGCCCUAGAACAGUCAAGAGAGGAGUAGGAAACAUCUCUGUAGAAAUACCUGAUGUUGAACCAGAAAAGGUAGAUCACCUUGUGUUUAUGGUCCAUGGUAUCGGCCCAGCAUGUGACCUGCGCUUCAGAUCAAUCAUACAGUGUGUGAAUGAUUUCAGGAGUGCUUCCCUGUCUCUCUUGGCUUCUCAUUAUAAACAAGCCCAACAGGAAGGAAAAGUGAGCAGAGUGGAGUUCCUACCAGUAAAUUGGCACAGUGCGCUACAUGGGGACGCCACUGGUGUGGAUGAGGACAUCCAGAGAAUCACUUUGCCCAGCAUCAGCAGGCUGAGACACUUCACCAAUGACACUCUACUUGACUUGUUCUUCUAUAACAGCCCCACAUACUGUCAGACAAUAGUGGACACAGUUUCCUCAGAGAUCAACAGGCUGCACAUUCUCUUUCAACAGAGGCAUCCAGAGUUCACCGGUGCAGUUUCGGUAGUGGGGCAUAGCCUUGGUUCUCUGAUACUGUUUGACUUGCUAACCAAUCAGAAGACAGCAACAAAAGUUUCCAAAGACGGGACACUGUGUAAUAGGCCCUGCCAUCAAACUUGUGACAACCUGGCAGAAACUUUGACCCGACUUGGUCUACAGCAAUACCUGGAUAUACUACAGGCAGAAAACCUAGACUUGGAAUCACUGGCUCUUUGUCAAGACAGUGACCUUAAAGAUCUAGGAAUUCCUCUUGGGCCUCGAAAAAAGAUCCUCAACUACUUCAGGAGGAAAUGCUUUCCAGAGCAGAAUUCUAAGGGAGGCACAGCGCUUCUGUCCCCAGCACUGCAGGAUCUGCCUCAAGAUUGUUUGUCCAGUGAUGACCACUGUAACCAGUCUUCAGGAUUGACACCACAGCCAUCCCACUUCCACAGAGCACAGUCUAUCACCAGUGCUGUAGACUAUGAAUACUUCGAUGUGGGCAUUGGGCAGAACAAUGGAGGCAUAGCCAAAGGACAGGUAUCUAUUGAUUACCCACAACUGGUAUUCCAGCCGCAGACCUUUUUUGCUUUUGGCUCUCCUAUUGGAAUGUUUUUGACUGUUCGUGGACUUAAGCGGAUUGAUCCCAACUACUCCUUCCCAACCUGCAAGAGUUUCUACAACAUCUACCACCCAUAUGAUCCUGUGGCCUACCGUGUAGAGCCCAUGAUUGUUUCAGAGGUGGAUCUAGAGCCCAUGCUCAUUCCUCACCAUAAGGGCCGUAAGAGGAUGCACCUCGAACUAAAGGAUAGCCUGACCCGUAUGAGUAUGGAUUUGAAGAAUAAUGUUUUGGGAUCACUGCGGACAGCUUGGCAGUCUCUUGCCAGGUUACCUGCUACUGCACUGCCCCCAGCUGAAGAGAGAGAAACUACAACAGCAAGAAGCCAAGAAACCCAGGCUGUACUCACAGCUACUGCUAAGAAGGAAGAGAAAAGUGCUGAUUUUUGGACUAAAAUACUGGAGUGGCCCAGGGCCUUUCGUAUGCAUUACUUUCAAGGCGUUUGUGAUGAAGCAGACCCGCCUGUGUCUGCAGAGCAGCUUGAAAUUAAAGUGGGAAUGUUGAACGGGGGACGACGGAUCGACUAUGUACUUCAGGAAAAGCCCAUCGAGAGCUUUAAUGAGUAUCUGUUUGCCAUUCAGUCUCAUCUUUGCUACUGGGAGUCUGAGGACACAGCUCUGCUGCUGCUGAAGGAGAUCUACGACAAGAUGGGCGUCGGCUUUGAACAGCCGCAACAGUGAUGCAUUUAACGAAUAUUCACUCACAGUAAACUGAAAAUAACAUGAAAGAUAAAUGAGAGAGUCAGAGGCUGCACAGUCGUCUUCGUGAAGGUCUUACAGUCUGGCUGUUACCUGACUGCCCUGCACUCUCCUCAGACAGUGGAGACUGUUCAGCCAUGUGAUGUUGGUGCAGAUUUGCCAAAGUUAAAUUGACACAAGUUCGCUGCUUAGUAUGACAUUAAUUCCAUUACAGGACUGUUAAUCAGAACGGCCCAGUAUCACUGUCAUUCUUCAUGCACUUUAUUGAGUUAUUUUGUUAUGAUCUUGCAUUAACCAAAACUUUAUUGUCAUAUCAUUCUCAGAACAUGAGCAAUAAUGUUGUGGAAGAAAUGUAACUGUUUUCUUUGACUGGCCACAGAUUUGUCUGCUGUAAUUAGUAGUAUUUUACGUGAUCCUUUUGUAGGACUAAAGUGUAAGAUGAUGAACCGUAAAUAUUAUUGUCUCCUAUUACAGCGUCCUUAAAAUGCACAACUGUAAUUUCCUUUAUAUGUAUUAAACAAAGAAUCUAUCUGAUGUUAAAGCUUUAAGUUGUAGUAACCAGGUGAGCUCUGUCUUCUGAGACUCUGUCCUUUAAAUGUCCAUUACCCAACUUGUGUUGGUUGACUGUAACAAGUAACGUCUCCAACAGAAAACAGCUUUUGCAAAUUUACAUGUUUUCUGGCUUCUGUGUUAUUUAUCCCAGCAUCUAGGCUACUUAAAUCCCAAAACCACUACUCUUAUAUCUUGACAUUUUCAGCAACCGGGCUUCUCAUUAAUCUUCAAGAUGUUUCAGCAGCAGCGCUCAUCCAAGUGACUACUUCAGUUUUAAAACUGCAUGGAGAAAUGUCUUGAAGACCAAUGAGAAGGCCAGUUACUGUUGAGUAAAUGUCUAGAUAGCUGUAGUGUAGCUGACUGAGAACAUUCAUAGACAGGCUGCUUGUUGUGUGAUUAGCAUUACUGUUGUUACAGUUUUGAGUUUCACUGACGGUUGUCAUUUAGCCUUUAUUUGAACUGAAUGAUAUAUUUCUAUAUUAUCCUAUCAGUGUAGCAAGGUGAAAUCCAGAUUGAAAUAUGUUCUUACUCCCUUGGCAAGUGGGGGAUUCCCCUUUGGCUGAUUUGGGAGAGUACUGGCAUCAUGAACAAGGAAUGGCUUUCAAAUCUUACUGGGAGCCACAAAGAAAUAUUGAGCUACAAAUUAACAUGGAAAGCAGGAUGUGGCAGUUGACCAAAUAGUCACAGGUGAAAGACCCUUUUUUAAUAUCACCAGAAGCCACAAAGAGAAGUCGCUCAGUUAUACGUGAUAAAGAAGUGUAAGAAAUAAUAUGCAAAAAUGCAGGUCCACGAAAAGUGUGUACAAUAUGUAUACUACAAACUUAUACAACUGUGCAAUCCAGUAAUGCCCCAUACAACAUUGUGGUUCUUUACAAAUUAUGUUGUUACAUAAGUUGUUACCAGCAGUAGUUAAUCCUUUAGUCUAAAAUAUGGCUGACGUCAUUCAGAAGCAGACCACAUCAUAUAUAUAUAUUUAUUUAUUUAUAUUAUAUUAUAGGCUUUGAAUGAUAUUUUCUUCUGUUUUGCAGUGCAGUUCAUAUUUGUGUAUUUCAACGAGAUUAUUUAUUUUGUAUAAUAUAUAUCAAAUACCAAUCUAUAAGUAUAAUUAGCUUUGGAACUCAGAGCUGAUAAAAUUUGUUGCAGUAAUAAGAAAAAAAGACCCAAGUCAUAUCUCGUUUACUGCAAAUACUACAAUAUGCAAUAUUAAAGUUCACAAUAUAUAUUCGCACCCACAAGCAUAUUUGACUGACAUCCUUAGAAUUUUUGCACUCCUCUUUAUGACUGUAAAGUGGGACUGCAUUUUUCUUUUCUGCAAGAAAUCUGAAAAGUUAUAUUACUUUAAUGGUUGUAUGCAGGAGUGUUUUCUCAAAAAGCGUGUGUUUUGGAAAUUUUCAUCUUUAAAUCUUGGAAUGGUCUGUUGGCCAGUUUCUGAUACCAUUUGUUGAAAGCGUUGCACUCUGAAAACUCUUUUGCAUUCCGUACAUGUAUUGAUCUCUAUACCCCUAUCCAGAAAAUUGUUUUCCUUUUUCAAAGAUGUACAGAUUAAAUGUGUGUGCCAUAA